GGACAGCGCCGGCCGGUGCCGGUCGGCCCUGCACAGUCGCUAUCGCCGCGCGGGUGCCCCGGCCCUGCAGCGAUCCCGGCGGCGCAGCACGAGCCGCCAGCCCUGCCCCCCGCGGAGGCGGUUCGGCCGCUGGGAGCCUGUGGCGAGGCCCCGCUCACCUUGCCCUUGUAGGUGGGCACGUUGCAGAGGAUGUCGGUGCGCAGCGCCUCCUCGGCCAGGCUGCGGGCGGCCAGGCUGCGCCACACCUCGCUGUUCUCGUCACCGUGCAGGACGCGGUGCCACAGCCGGCAGACCAGCGCGCAGCUGCGCAGCUCCCGCAGCUCUAGGGUGGAAAACAGGCUGCAGAUUGUGGAGACUCAGUUCAAAGAGCUGAACUCUGCCAUGGAUAAACUGUCACAGAAGCUGCAGUUUCAGGAUAAAAUCCUGGAGAAGCAGGUGGAUGAGGAUGAGAUGUGGAUAUCCUUGCUGGAGGACAGGUUCACUUCAGUGGAGAUAAAUCUUUUCUACAGCUAUAUCAGUGAAAUGCUUUGCUGCUUGCAUUCCCGUGUCAGAGUGAAGCUGCCAGAUCUGGCGGGAGGCCUCCCCACUUUAGCCUCUGUCAUGAGGCACAAAGGCAAGAACCAGAAAAUUAGACUAGUGUGGGAAGCAGUGCUGGAGAUGCUGGGGCUGCAAGAACGAGAUGUCCUAGCUCUAUGCACCUUUUUCAUCAUACAUUGCUCUGAAGCACAGUAUUAUCCAGCUAACCAGAGGCAAAAGUACACCAGUGAUAUCUGCACAAUGAUAACCAAGGUCGUGAAGAACCAGAUCCUUCGAGAGAGCCUGCUGUGUGCUGUGCAGGUGGUAGAAAAUGGCAGAGCACAGAGGGAUCCAAAAGAGAAAGUAACCCUUUUCCAAAAAUAACGUAUGUGGCAGAUUUCUUAAAACUCCCUUACCCACUUAGGACAAACAAGCUUACAACCUAAACAGGUUCCUAUAUAAACAUGCAAUUACAUACCCCAACUACUUCCGUGCAUGUGUAUAUCAACACACAGAUCCAUACGUACAAACACUCUCAACCAUGACAUGCUAAUGUGUAUCAUGAGUCUGAAAAGCCAGGCAGAUUCUCAGAAUCAAUACACCAGUCAAAAAGAUUUUCAUCACCAUCAUGUACAAGCUCAGUAUGUACACGUAAAUGUGUAGCCAGAGGCUGCUGGGAAGGACACAAAGAUUCUUCUGUCUCUCCUCUAAAAGAUUUUGACACUUGCAUAAUGCUGAAUAGUUCAAAUGCCAAUAUUUUCCAGCAUAAAAUCUGCUUUGCUGUACUUUGUAUUCUCAUUGCAUGUCUAUGAAAGCUGUAAACUGUAGUAUGCAACAGAGACACUAAUUUCUUGUAAUAAAACUUUUUGGUUUAUUGUUUAA